UUAUAUAAGUUUAUUACUUUUUAUAUUGUGACGUUUGAUAUCUGUCUCCGAUUAAAUGGUGUAGCGAGCAGCCGUAUUUCUAUUACUAAGAUAUUUUUCAGUGGCGACGAGAUUAUAAAGAACUACAAAACACGUAAGGAAAAAGCAGUAGGUACAUAGUCAAGAUGUCGAUUGGUAAGAUUGCAGAGUUUAAGCUCGGGAGCGAUAAUUGGCGUUUGUACAUUGAAAGAUUGGAACAGUACUUUGUAAGUAAUAAAAUCACAAAUGAGUUGUAUGUACCAACGCUAAUAACAGUUAUGGGUGCAAGUACCUAUGAAUUGUUGGUCAGUUUGUGCACUCCUGACAAACCAGUUUCAAAAACAUUCGCAGAGCUGUCAGACAUAUUAGGAAAUCAUUUGGAUCCAAAGCCAUGCGUAUUAGCCGAAAGAUUCAAGUUUAGACAGCAGGUGCAAACAAAAGAAGAAAAAAUAUCACAAUAUGUAGCAGAUUUGAAGAAAUUAUCAAAAACGUGUGAGUUUGGGACAUGGUUAGAAGAAAGCCUUCGUGACCAAUUGGUUUGUGGCUUGUCGAAUGAAACUAUACGACAACGGUUGUUCACAGAGUUGCAUUUGAAUUUUUCUAAGGCAUAUCAGCUAGCGUGCAGCAUGGAAGCAGCUGAAAAAGAUGCCGCGCUAGUGGAGACAAAAUCUACGAUGUUCAGCGGAUUUGGCAAUAGCAGUAGUGUCACGGCAGAUUGCCAGACCAUGGCGGGAGCAUGGCGGGGCAAAAAUGACAGUCAAACGCGGUCGUCGAAAGAACGCCAACAGGGUCAGAGGCAGCGUUCUUUUCUAGUGCGUGAAGCGCCUACGACAGAAGUGAAGUCGUCUUCAUCAUCUAACAGAAGUAGGAGGUUACGAUCAGGCAGUGCAAGCAGCGCUUGCAGCGUUUGUGGUGGUGACCAUGCAGCAGUGGGGUGCCGCUAUUCUCGGUUUGUGUGCCGAGUCUGUAAUCGACAGGGGCACCUAGCCAGGGUCUGUUCGUACCUAACGCAUUAUAACAUGGUUGCAGCAGAGCCAGUAAGCGAAAUCGAUUCUAGCAGCGAGGAAGGAAGUGAGGAGGUAAUUGUACAAAUGAACCAGAUUUCAGUGGAAAGUUGUAAACCCAUUCUAAUAAUGUUGAAGGUUAACAAUCAUACCUUGAAGAUGGAGUGUGAUACAGGCAGUGCCGUCUCUUGUAUCAGUUUCGACCUGUAUUCACAGAAGUUUAGUGAUUCGAGAUUAAGUAGAUGUAAUUUAACUUUAAGAUACUAUACGGGCGAAGUAGUUCACCCGGUAGGCAUGCUACGUCCCUUAGUUAAAUAUGGAGAUAUUAGUAAAUAUUUGGAUCUAUAUGUUAUCCGGAAUGGGAAAACCUUGUUAUUGGGUAGGCAAUGGAUCGUAGAGCUAGGGGUACAAUUACCCAGAUUUAACUGCAAUAGUGUCGAAGUAAGUGAUUUUAAUUUAUCGGAAUUCAGUUCCAGAUAUUGUGAGGUUUUUGCGGACGGCUUGGGGCGAUUCACUGGCGGUACGGUUGGUAUUCAUCUGCGACCCGAAGCGGUACCAGUGUUCAUGCGUGCAAGGCCGUUGGCAUUCGCGCUGCGCGAGCCAGUUGAGCGCGCGCUGGAUCAGUUGACGCGUGAUGGUAUCCUCACACCAGUCGACCGCUCCGACUGGGCUACGCCGAUAGUACCUGUGGUCAAAAAGGACGGAAAUAUCCGGAUAUGCGCUGAUUAUAAAUUGACGCUAAAUAAAAACAUUGUAGUGGAUCGGUAUCCCUUACCAAGAGUAGAAGAUCUGCUGGUGCGAUUGCACGGAGGAAAACGUUUCACUAAGAUUGAUUUGUCGCAGGCGUAUUGUCAAUUCGAAUUAGACGAGCGUUCGAAGCAAUAUACGGUAAUUAAUACUCAUAAGGGAUUAUUUAGAUAUAAUAGGUUGGUAUUUGGUCUGUCGUCGAGCCCAGGUAUAUUUCAAAAGAGGUUAGAGGCAUUGUUUGCAGAUCUGCCUAAAGUAGGUGUCUUCUUAGAUGAUAUAAUAAUAACAGGUCAGAAUAGUGCGGAGCAUUUAGAUAAUUUACAUAAAGUUUUUGAUCGAUUGCAGUCGAGUGGGUUGAGGGUAAAAAAAGAGAAAUGCAAUUUUUUUGCAGAGUCGGUAUCUUAUUUAGGACACGUUAUCAGCAAGACAGGCGUUCAUACGUGUCCGGACAAGAUCAAGGCUAUCGUAAAGACACCCGCGCCGACUAAUGUUUCCGAAUUAAGAGCAUUCAUCGGAUUGAUUAUGUAUUACAGCAAGUUCAUAAAGAAUGUGAGUACCGUUAUGGCACCGUUAUACAGUCUCCUAAAGGCGGGGGUUGCAUUUGAGUGGAGUAGGGAAUGUGAGAACGCCUUUGCGAUGGUUAAAAAACAGUUAGUUUCAAGUGAUGUAUUAGUACACUAUUCGAUUGACCUGCCUUUGAUUCUUACAACUGACGCAAGUAGUGUAGGAAUCGGGGCGGUAAUUUCGCAGCUCACGGCUGAAGGCGAGCGUCCAGUAGCGUUUAGUUCGCGCUCUUUAUCUUCCAGCGAGCGCGCGUACUCGCAGAUCGACCGGGAAGCGCUCAGCAUUGUGUUUGGGGUUAGGAAAUUUCACCAAUAUUUAUAUGGAAGGAAGUUUACUUUGAGGACGGAUCAUAAGCCGCUAACAUUUAUUUUUGGAAAUAAGGUAGGCAUCCCGGUUAUGGCUGCGUCUCGUUUACAGAGAUGGGCGGUGCUGUUGUCAGGCUAUAAUUAUGAUAUAGAAUUCGUUUCCUCCAGUAAAAACUGUGCUGAUGCACUUUCCCGGCUUCCAUCACAUAGCAGUAAUAUUCGUGAACCUAAGAAUGAGGUCACGUAUGUGAAUUUUGUAGAAGAUUUUUUACCGAUCACUCAUGAUGACAUUAAAAAAAAAUCAUCAAAAGACUUACUUCUUAGUAAGGUUAUGUCUUGCAUUCAAUCUGGGUGGCCAGCUAGUUGUUCUGACGAGCGCAUGAGACCAUACUAUUUACGUCGGCAUGAACUUUAUUGUGAGCGGGGUUGCAUAAUGUGGGGCUAUAGGCUUGUUGUACCGGACUCUCUGCAGAAAGGUAUCUUAAAACAGUUACAUGUUGGCCAUUUAGGGAUAGUAAAAGCUAAAUCUUUGGCUCGCAGUUACGUUUGGUGGCCUAAUAUUGAUGCUCAGAUUGAAGCGACUUGCAAACAGUGCGAAACGUGCGCCAUGGAAGCAGAUGCUCCACCACGCACAACAUCUCAGCCCUGGCCUUAUCACCUACAGCCAUGGUCACGGCUGCACUUAGAUUUCUUAGGUCCUAUAAACGGUAAAACCUUCUUGGUUCUUAUUGAUUCAACAUCUAAAUGGCUUGAAAUUUUUGAAAUGUCGAGUACAAAAGCAACCAGUGUAAUAAAGGUUUUGAGGCAAACUUUUGCCAGGUUUGGUUUACCACUAGAAGUCACGUCAGAUCAGGGUCCACCGUUUAGCAGCACAGAAUUCAAAAAUUUCUUAAUGAAUAAUGGAAUUCGUCAAUCAUUUUCACCUGCGUACCAUCCCUCUUCAAAUGGUGCUGCAGAGAACGCUGUCAAGUUAUGUAAGCGCACAAUAAGGAAGGCUCAGAGAGAUAAUGUAGAUUUGGAUGCAGCUUUACAAGCAUUUUUACUCGCGUAUAGGAACAGCAUUCAUUGCACCACUGGAGAAAGUCCGGCCGCAAUAUUACAACGUCGUGCGCUACGUUCGCGAUUCGAUUUGCUGCGUAGCGAACGCGCAAGGGCGGACAGAGUACGUGACGAGCAAAGCCGUCAAGUUGCGUUGGCGGGCGGUAUUUCACGAGUUUUGACUCCAGGAGAUUCAAUCUGGGCUCGCGAAUAUGGGUCUCGCGAUAAGUGGUCAAAGGGAACCGUUACUGCUUCAGAAGGGUCUCGGCGAUAUCUAGUGGACACCGGAAAUGAUCGUGUUUUAUCCAGACACGUGGAUCAAAUCAGACGCAGAUCACACAUGUCCGAUGUUCCUUGUCCAGUGUCAUCUGCUAAUGAUAACCAAGAGGCAUCCUUACAAGAAGCCAUAAGCGCGACAUCAGACAAUACAGGCCAAGGAGUCUCGGCCGAGGAGACAAGUUCUAGUGAGCCCAGCUUGAAAAUUGUUGGGGAGGAGGUUGACGAUGGUAUGACAACAGCAGUUGCGUCCUCGCCCGAAUAUACAACACCACCGUCAGUGAUGCGCCCACGGCGAAUAAGGAAGCCGGUUAUCAGGUUUUCACCUUAG